AUGCGCCGCCUUCUUCCCACCGAUGUUCCAAGAGCUCGAUGCACAGAACUCAAGCAACAGAGUGUCAUUCUCAAGAAGGGCACCACGCGCAGGGAGGUGACCAAACCCUUCAGCAGUGGCAUCUUGUUUGCACGGGAUGUUCCUGUCACCCUCCCAGACGGAAUCCCAAUCUACACUGAUGUUUUUUCGACCCGUGGGGGCCCAAUGAGUUCCAACGGUGGUAGCCUGGAGUCUAUACCGGAAGUAGGAGGACAAUCGCUCGACGACCUCACGAGCCGAUCCAAUGUCCCCCUUUCCCAUGUCUCUGAGCUACAGAAGUUUGAAGCCCCGGACCUGGCCUAUUGGGUCUGCCAGGGAUAUGCAGUCCUCAACCCCGACGCCCGCGGUGCGUACGAGUUCAAUGGUAACAUAACGAACUGGGGUCGCCAACUUGCUGAAGAUGGAUGCGACAUCAUCGAAUGGGCAACUGCUAAGCCAUGGAGUUCUGGGAGGACUGGCAUGACUGGAAAUUUAUUCCUAGCCAUAUCCCAAUGGCAUGUUACAGCGUCGAAUCCUCCAUGCCUGGCCGCCAUCGCCCCAUGGGAAGGGGCAACAGAUAUUUUGCGUGCAGCAGCUACUUCCCUGAGCAUCGGUAACCUGGGCUUUAAGGAAGCCAUCAUUACCACUUUGUUGGGCAACAACUCUGUGGAAGACUCUCCUAGGAUGUAUCUCAACGGCAAAUUUUAUGACAAGUACCAGAAGAAUCGGACCCCGCAGUGA